AUGAAUUCGGGUAGCAAUGCUCUCCAAUUUGAUUACUGCGUCCGCCAAUCGAUUCGAUAUGGUAUCGCAAUGUUAAGCCUUGGAAUAACGUGUUUAGUAUGUGCGAUUAUGUGCGAUUUUCUGUCCUAUACAUUUGAUUACACGAUCGCUUUCCAGUACAUCGCUGCUGUCGCGAUUGUAAUCAUCAGUACGCAAAUGCUGAUUACUUUUGCUGGAAGAAAUCGUUUGCGCUUCUUCUUGAACGAGCCAAGACGAUUUCAAGUAGUACUACUUGCACAAAUUACUUUGCCUGCUAUGGCUCUUGUUUUGACCGCGUGGAAUUUUAGAUCGAUACCUGGAUCCUUCAUUGGCCUUCUUAUUGCUAAUAUAUUGUUUCUAACGAGUGCUACUGCCGCUAUUAUCGUCGUUGGGGCCAGCAAUGUGAUACUGCAAAAAGCAUUACACUGUGCACCGGAUUCAACUUCAAAUACGUCAUAUCAAAUGAGCAGGAUUGAACAAUCUACCCAAGCCGCCACAACAACGGUAUCCCCAACGACUCGUUUCGAGCAUGCAAGAAUAAGGAAUCAUCAAUUUCGCAGGGUUUCGCCACCUUCAUAUAAUGAUGUCAACAAUGGCCACCAAUGUGAGCGCGCAUCAGCCCCACCAGACUAUACUAGCAUCGCCUUAGUCAGAUAA